AUCUCAUCUAAGCAAGUGUUUGCUUCAAAUAUAGGAACGUUUACAAAGACGGGAAAAAAAGAGGCCAGGCUCUGAUUUUUAUCUUUAAACAGUUAGCGCAGGGUGCCGUCCUCCCUUAACCUAUCAGUGGGAGAAGUAAGAGUGCCACCUAUGAAGUCAGCAGUCCCCCAACCCCCAUCCUGAACACAUGUUCAACAUCCUCUGGGCACAGGCUGAGCGGAGCGCUGAGACACAGCUGAGAAUUAGAGAGGAAGAGCGGGAGAGAGAGAGGAAGAGGGCGCAGUGAAGUGGAAAUAUGGGUGAGCAUUAGAGAAAGACAGAAAUAGAGCGAUAAAGCAGUGAAUUAGGCAGAGGCAGAGAGAGGAGGAGGAGGAGGAGGAAGAGGAGGAGGCAGUCUUUCACUGAUGCUUGAUGCAGUUAGAUUCUCAUACAGCAGCAGAGAGCCGUCGUCGAGCGUGGAUGAGAGAACCUCAUGGAUUUGCUCCCGUCUGAGUCUCGGUGGAAUUCAUUGCAUCCGAAGCAGCUGCAGACAGAGGAGGAGGAGGAGGAGGAUGCUGCGACUGCGGCUGGAUGUUAGGAUCCAUGUGGGCCUGUGAUGUCUGCGUCCUUCCUCAGGAUGACUCUGACCCAGAUCGUGGAGUCGCGGCACUGCUCCUCCUCGGGUGGUCUGCCGAUGUGAGGCGGACGAGGGAUGCUCUGGACCUCGGCGGUUGCCGCUCAGCCCGCUGCCUCUGCUGACAUCUGUCUCCGUGGAUACGCACAGCAACUGGAAGGCUACGCCAUCAAAACUGAUCCGUGAUAAUAAUCCCCAGCUGGAGAACAAACAACAUCUGGGUGUGGAGAGAAGGGAGAGGGCAAAGCCUCAGCUGGGUGGGCGGCAGAUGGUGACACUGCAGCAACACUUCUCCAGCAUGGAGGAGACGGUGCGAACGCUACUACAGAACCAGGACUCACUGGAAGGGCCCAAGGUGGACCCACUGGACCUAAUGAAAGCAUACAAGGACAAACUCCUGGAGGAAAUGUGGAAGCAACAGGACAGUCUGGAGGGUCCCACGUCUGCCACACCAACAGCAGAGAUGUCCACCUCGCCCGAGGCCGGUGGUGGCGACGGCGGAUCAGAGGACAAUUCAAAGGACAGCAAUCCCCUGUUGGAGCGGCUCAGAGCGCUCGAGGCGGAAAACUCGGCUCUGUCAAUGGAAAACGAUAACCAGAGGAAGCAGUACGAACGCUGUUUGGAUGAGGUGGCUAAUCAGGUGGUCCAGGCUCUUCUCACGCAAAAGGACCUCAAAGAGGAGUGUGUGAAGCUGCGGACCCGUGUGUUUGACUUGGAGCAACAAAACCGCAUACUGAGCGUGCUGUUUCAACAACGUGUCAAAAUGUCCACGACUCCCGUCUCCCAGGAGGUCCAAAGGAAUGGAAAAGCAGGAAUUCCCGCAGGAAGGUGGCCCAGCCUGCUGAGUCUAACGUGCCCACGCAGCAGUGGCAGCGGCAGUGGCAGUGAGCUUUCACUCUCCAGCGCUUGCAGUGAAUAUUCCAGUGGCUCCCACACUUGGGCAGAGGGACGUGGCUACUCAAAGCAGUGUGCCUCAAGCCGAGACAAAAGGAUGAGUACUGGUUCAGUAUCCAGCAAUCACUCAGCUGCUCUGGAGCACACAGACCUGGGAUGGAAGGAAGGUCACAUUUUGAAAGGCCUGAAACGUCUUCAAAUGUCCAACUCCAAGGGGACUUCCUCCCUUCCAUCUGUACCACACUGCAAAGACUGUAUGACCUCAAACGAGGGUAUAUACUCACUUGGUGUCAAGUUUGCCCAGCGAGGGACUACAGCCAAGCAAGUUGCCCCUACAAGUAAACCUUUCAAGGCAGAAACAAGGAUUUCCAUUGUAGACUCUGAUGAUGCGGAUGACGAAUUGCCUAAAGUACCAAACAGCAAAUCCAGUGACCUGCCAGCAAAAGAACUUCUAAGCUUGGACAAGUUGGAGGUCACUCAGGAAUUUGAAGUAGAUCCUGUGAAACUUUCAGGGAACUCUGGUCUGUUUCCUUCACCUGUCACAGACAACUUCUUAUUUCUGGAGGGACCCACAGUUAAACCUGGUGUGAGCCCAACUGAUAGCCUUACACAUCUGGAGGAAAUGAAGAUAGAUUCACUAGAAAAACAUAAAGGCGUAAAGUUGAGUGACAGAAACAAUAACCAGGAAAGAUCCACUGACCGUAAAUCCAGGCUUGAUUAUGUCAAAGGACAACAGGGAAGAGCGUCCUCCAAACAAGUGGAAGUGGGAACAGGUGAUGUUGGCUCAUCAGUUCAACAUACUGUACCAAGAGCUCUGUGCUGCAUGAAUGAAGCCAGGCAGCGCAGCUCCUCAAUGGAAGUUCCUCAUCGCAGAGACCCAAUAAGUCAAGCUGGCGGUGACCACCAGGACUAUUCCGCCUCAGAAUCUCCUCAGAGGAAACCAAAACCUCAACUCUGUGACUCAGCAAGAAAGGCUUUUAUUUUGCGGAGCAAGAGUGCAGAUGGAGGACCAGAGCAACAAAAGCACACACAUUCUCCUCUACAUCAAAAGCUUAUCAAGGGUCAAAGGCCCAAAGGACAGCCCAGCCCUAACCCUAACCCUAACCCUACAGGGAGCAGUGCCCCUAGCAAAAGGACAAAUUUAAAUAAAGCCCAUGGUUCAACCAAGAGCACAUUAUCUAAAACUGAGAAAGAUGAGGAUAAUUCAGCAUCAUCAAGUUCCAAGUCUCUUGAGAAGAUGCAAAAGUGCUCACCUCUUGUUUCUCCCGUGAAACAUUCAAAGAUAUUUAAGUCUACAGGGGUCAGUGAUGGCUUAAAGAGUCCCACAAAAUCACAAAUAGCCAGACUUCAGUCAAGCAAUGACUCUUCAGAAGAUGGUAUCUAUGACAACUUACCAUGCUCUCCACGAAAACAACGACGUCAGGACCAUGACUGUGACUCAGAACUCAGAUCCCUAUCCCCGCCGCGACCCCCAGGUCGAACUACUUCUCUUCUUCUCAGACCUAGUAGUGACAGCUUUCCCAAAGAUCAAACAUCUCCAGGGCAGGCUCAAAGUUCAAUGACUGGCCCAACCAAGUUGCAUAUGCAUCAGGUUUCUUCAGUCGUACAACCUCAACAAUCCAGUGCAAUACUAGAUGGUCAACAUGCAGCUCCACAAAUGGGUGCUGAAGGUAGAAUGUACCACACCCAUUCAUCUAUGAUACCUCCUGUUGUAGUUCAAGAAUCACAAUCAGCUUCAGAAUCUGUCCGGUUAUCUACAGACAGAGCUACCAUGAGUUAUAUUGAAAAUGGCGUUCCCUCUGUAUUGCCAAAUCAGAGCGUCUUGCAAAGAUCCCAACAGAGUGUCAGUGAGCCAAAACUCUCGGAAGUCUUACCACCAGCAUAUUCUAAUGCAUACUACCAUCCACAGACUUCCUCUUCAAGAGCCGUAAAAAGGACUCUUCCUGUAAAUGCCAGAUCUCAUGAGGCAAUCGCUGGACAAGAAGCAAAUACCUUCCUCAUUUUCGGAAGGCAAAACAAGGACGAUACAAACCCUUCUGGAAAAAGCAUCCAGACUUUUCAGACUUUCACUUGUGACCCCCAGACAAUACAUGAAUCCAGCACUCAUGAUAACACCCGCAGAAAGUUUGAGACCCGUUGCAACUCGCUAGAUUCUGAACCUUCUGUCCAACCUGUUGUGUCAGACAGCGGUGUAAUGCUAGACUGGGGAUUUGACGAGGAAGGCUGGCUGUUCAAACGGUCUGUAUCUGUUUCUACUAGACCUCCUCUUAAACCAGUACUGGGCAUGAAUGGGGCCAAAGCUCGUAGUCAGAGCUUUGGUGCACGCUAUAUGGACAGACCAAGCUUCAACAGAUCUGGAAAGGUCCGCACACAGAUCAAAACACACUCAGGGAGCUCCUUGAACUCUCUUGGUGAUGUCCUCCCAGGAAGUAUGAGCUGCUCCAGUAGCUACCACUGUCCAAUGAAUCGAUCCCUCUUAAACAACUUUUUGAUCGAAGAGGGACUAGCAGUUCCUUUACAUCUGGGGUCCUCCAGUGAAAGACUCCAAAGUCUCAAACUCCAGCGUGAGCAGGCUAGGCGACUUCAGAUAGAGCAACAGUUUUCGACCGCCUUUGGGGAACCAGUUUCUGAAGAGCCUGAGAGACAAAGCACCAUAACUACAAUUGAAGAGAAAGUGAUGCUCGGCAUAGAGGAGAACUUGCACAAGUCUCAGGAACAAGAGCGAACCAGUGAGGUGAAGCAAAAAUCUGGAUCAAGCUUAGCAAGUUGGUUCGGCUUUCGUAAGAGUAAGCUUCCUGCUCCCAGCAAAAAAGUUGAUCCACCGAAAGGAAAAGACGACAAGAGGGAGCAAAAGAUCUCAUCGCUUCUGGGUGGAAAGCAGACAAAGUCUGACAAGAAGAGAGACAGAAGAAAAAGUGAUGGAAAAGACUGCUCUGUGGGGAGAAGAGAGUCUCAUGAUGCAGUGCGGGCAUGCAUCUCAAUGCCCUGCCCGGGUAUGUCCCUGAGUGAGAUACAAGGACAUGCUGAUAUCAUCGGGGACCCGAAGAUGCAGAUGAUGAACAAAAGAUCUGACAGUGAAAAUGGAUCCACGGUGAAGAGCCCGAACCAGGAUGCAGUAAUAGGCUCCGGCUGCAAGAUGCGAACGUUGGACAGUGGAAUCGGGACCAUCCCCCUUCCUGAAUCCUGUUCCUUCUUCUCCUCCAUCCUGCACCUCCUCCCCAAAUCCUCAUCAACCCCAGAGCAAUCCCUCAGUCCUCCCAGUGUCCUUGGCUCCUCCAGCGAGGACGCAUCUCCUUCCCCGUUACCCCGGUGGAGAAUUCCCUCCAGCUAUAAGGACGGCAGCCAUGCAGGGGUGCCAAACUCUCUGUCCGAUUCCUCCAUGACCCAUAUCCAGUCAGUGCCUUUCCCCACUGUGGCCUUCCUCCAGCCCAUCCAAACCCCGUCUGAACCCAUUAUGACCUCUGCCAGUGUGUGUGAAGCCCAGAGCAGGCUACCCAGAGCACCACAAGGUGGAUUGGAACCAAAGAAGUUGACCUAUAUUAAAUCGAAAACACGAGCCACUCCGAGCCAACAGAAAGAACAGACGAGACUUCAGCUGGCCAACUAGUUUCUGAAGCUGGAUGAGUCAACUUGAAGAGAGAAAUCAAGCGACUGGGUGGACUUAUCGCCAAGCCACACAUGGAGGACCUCCAAAUCCCACAGUUUGGAUUCUGUGUCCAGAUGAAAUGCUCAGAAGUGGGACAAAAAGCCAGCUUUGCAUUGUUAGGCUUCCACCUCUGCUCAGUGUAGCGUUACGAUACCGAUAAGCCUUUCAGGUGUAGCAAUGAACUGUCUGGCAGCCAUUUUGGAGGUCUGCAUCUUGUUUGGCAUCAGCUGUGAGCAGCUGAUUGUAUUUAUCUGCAACAGACUUUUCUUCACAGAAAAAGUUUUUUUUCUUGAAAAAAAGUUUAAAAUGUACAUUUAGCAUGUUUAGCAUAAAAGCUACUGUAGCAUUAAAAGAGCUACCUAUAAUCUCAAAAUAUUCUAAUUGUGGGUGUGAUCACGGACUAUAAAAACACAAUGGACAUAGCUACGAUUAGUCACCCACUGGUUACCAAAAUCCUGUAUUUGAAACUUCAAGUGCAGCAAAUUCAUUGUCACCAUCUUAACAUUCUCAAAUCUUAAAAACCUAUCAUACAUUUGAAAAAUAAAAAUAAUUUAAAAAUAGACGGAACCCAUAAACUCAUCAGAAAAGCACCUACUAAAGUCAUAAAUCAAUGGAGAGGAGUUAACAUGAGUCAGAACUAAAUUAAAGGAGUUCUUCCCACUGUCUUUCAUACACGCAAGUCUGAGGAGUCGCCCCCUGCUGGCCACGAGAAAGAAUGCAGGUUUAACGUACUUCCACAUUGGUUUCAUGUUUCCAAGCUGAAAGUUACAUUGAUAAAGUAGAGCUCAUGUUAGUAACAAGCAGCUGUUUUUCACAUAUUAAAGCUUACUUGUUAAGCUUAUUUAAAGUGGUCAUGAAACGCUGCACAUAUAAAGGCAAAUUUACACAUGGAGCCCUGCUCUCAAAGACUGACAUAGAUGUAAAACUGUCUGUGAAGCUUGAUUUAAGAAUGAAGUGCUUAGAGUUAAAGUUUUAAAAACACGUUUAUGCCAUCUUCUGUUAGUACGGAACAUUAUGUCACCAGGUUGGCUAGUUGCUGCUAACAGCGACCCUGACAAGGACAAGCGGAAGAAAAUAGAUGGAUAUACUGUCUGCUUUCACUCUCUAUUUCUUAAGCAGUAAGUGGUUCUUUUUUGUUUGACUGUCUGCAUUAACACAGGAAAAUCCACCUGUUAGCUGUAAUUUUUGGGUUUGUAAAGCACUUGUUUGAGACCAGCAGACCAGACCGCUUGGUACACUCAGUCAGACAUGGAAAACUCAGAGUUUCUGACUCCAGCUUGUUGGUCCAGUGAACCACCUGACUCAAACAGGCACUCCUCCACACUGUCCUCAUUUAUAAAGUGCUUUACAAACCUGAACAUUACAGCCAACGGGUAGGUUUUUCUGUGUCAGUGCAGCUAGCCAAUCAGCUACAUAAGAAAUUGAAAAAGAAAGUGAAAGUGAACAGUAUAUACUUGGUUUUAACAUAAAGCUCAUUGUUGCACCCAUGGGUAGCACAAAAGUGACCCCCUUAGAUUGAUUUUUAUUGUUUGUGUCCUUAUGUUUUCCACAUUUAUAGGUUCUGUACUGGUUAGCUAACAUAAACCAAUGUAAGUCUGUUGACCACAACCAACCAACCAAGUGACAUAAUGUUCCCAGUGGCACUAAACACAUUUUUAAAACUUUUACUUUAAGCUUUUAUUCCUU